AGAUUAUCUCUUGAGAAACUCAAAGGUUGCUGUAACAAGACACUAGAUCUCAAGUUCAGCACAGCAGGUUAAUUACCCAGAAACCAUUCUGCUUACCAUACGAUAUGGGAACCAGCUACCAUUUGUAGAUUCAAAUCAAAGCUAACAGAAGUGGCAAUAAGAGACAGAAACACCUUAACCAAAGAAGAUUCCAAACAGCAGUACAAAAAGUGGAGUCUCAAGGAUGGCCUCCAGCCACUGGAAUGAAACCACAACCUCUGUUUACCAGUACCUUGGGUUUCAAGUGCAAAAGAUUUACCCUUUCCAUGAUAACUGGAACACUGCCUGCUUUGUCAUCCUGCUUCUGUUCAUAUUUACUGUGGUGUCCUUGGUUGUACUGGCUUUUCUUUAUGAGGUACUUGACUGCUGCUGCUGUGCAAAGAACAAAACUGUGAAGGACUUGAAAAGCGAGCCGAAUCCUCUCAGAAGUAUGAUGGACAACAUCAGAAAACGUGACAGUGAGGUGGUCUAGCCUUCCACGGAAGAUAAACAAAAGCUUUAAGAACAGCCGUCCGCCUCUUCUGAGGAAAAUGAAACUUUCCUGAGGCCAACCUUUAUUACAAAAUUGAUCUGACUUUGAAUGACUAAAAGAAUUCUAGUAGAAAAGAAAACAUGUGAAAUGUGCACUCUCGUGUAUGUAUCCUCAUUAAAUAUGCAGUUCAUAGUGUGAA